AUGGAGUUAUCGUGCCAUUGUUUCGGACACAAGAUUGUUUCUUAUUGGAGAAGAUUGUUUCUUCUACUUAUUUUUACAGUAUCUUGGUUUGUGCUUCAGAUUUUUGUACAUAAUUAUGUAAUUCCACCAAACAAACACUUACAUUUUUUUUCUCGCCAAACCAAUUCAUUGUGGUAUCGAUCCUCUAAUAGUACUAUUCGAUCGAACGAGUUUCUUAAAGGAGCUAUACUUCAAGAGGCUCACCUCACUUUUCCUUACUCAGUUGUAUCGCCUAAUUCGACUAAUAAGUUUGUUCAAUCGGUAUCAGUUGAGCAAGAUAGUGUAGAUAAUCGUGCGCAACGAAAGAAGGAUAAAAAUGUUGCUUCUGAUAAGCAGACUGACAUGAGGUUGUUGUCACCUACUGAGGCCCUUGUGUAUGCUAAGAAAGAGAUUGAUCAUGCUACUUUUGUGAAUCAAGAUCCUAAUCUUUAUGCUCCUCUAUUUAGGAACAUUUCUGUUUUCAAAAGGAGCUAUGAAUUGAUGGAAACUACACUUAAAGUUUAUAUAUACCGCGAUGGGGCAAGACCGGUUUUCCACAAACCUUCCCUUAAGGGAAUCUAUGCUUCUGAAGGAUGGUUUAUGAAGUUAAUGGAGGAAAAUAAGCAAUUUGUCACCAAGGAUCCUGACAGGGCUCACUUAUUUUAUCUCCCAUAUAGUGCACACCAAUUGGAAGUUGCACUAUAUGUGCCUGAAUCGCGCGAUUUGAAACCAUUAUCAAUCUUUCUCAGAGACUAUGUAAACAAGAUUGCUGCAAAGUAUCCCUUUUGGAAUCGUACACAUGGCUCCGACCAUUUCCUUGUUGCUUGCCAUGAUUGGGGUCCUUACACAGUGACUGAACAUAAAGAACUAGCCAGAAACACAAUAAAAGCUCUUUGUAAUGCUGAUCCGUCUGAAAGAAUCUUCAUCGCAGGACGAGAUAUUUCCCUUCCAGAAACUACCAUAAGAGAACCAAGAAGACCUCUUAGAUAUCUUGGUGGGAAUAGAGCGUCGCUACGCCCAAUCCUUGCCUUCUUUGCUGGAGGCAUGCACGGUAGAUUAAUAGCCCUAGGAUAG